CGCGUUAUACUACUAAAAUACCUUAUCAAAAUCUCACCCAUGGACCAACAACCAUCCUUAGGACGUUCAAAAGACCAAGAUGGCGGGUUGUUGAAACGUUCACUUACUUCUUUAUUCUCUCUUAUGGGUCUCCAACUUGGCUCUCGUCUAUUGACUUUUGUUCUGAAUCAAGCACUGUUUCGAUUAGCCUCCCCGCAAGCAUACGGGACUGCUGCAAUUCAAUUUGAACUUAUCUUAAGCACCAUACUGUUUCUCAGCCGGGAAGGUGUCAGGAAUGCGUUACUCAGAGCGUGGCCGCGAAAUGCCACCGUUCAUACUCAAGAGCCAACUUUUAACGACGACGUACCUGCUUCGACAAAUCUAUCUACAUUGCCGAUUAUUCUAGGACUUCCGGUGUCUCUAGCUACGGCAGCUGCAUAUGUUACUCUUGCCAGCUCUGAUGUUCGUCAUCAGCCUCAUUUUCACGUGGCGUUAUCGACAUAUGUGUUCGCCGCGCUAAGCGAGCUCUUCAGCGAACCCAUGCAUAAUCGGGCCAUGGGUGAAGUUCGCACUGGAGCUAGAGUGAGGGCUGAAGGUCUCGGGAUAACGUGCAAGACUCUUGUCACUUAUCUUGUCCUCCUUUACGACUCGACUAGACCAGAUUCCGGAGAAUUCGCGCUCGUUGCUUUUGCUCUGGGCCAACUUGCAUACAGCAGUGUGGUGUUUGUCAGUUACGUGUAUCAGAUGGGGCAUCCCACCUUCUGGCCGACUCGUCUUGCUACACGACCGUCAUCCGAAGUAGCUGCUUCCAGAUCAGCAUUCUAUCGUAUUGCCUCACAAUACUUUGACGUUAGCAGUCUACAUCUGUCUUUGACUAUGACUGGGCAAUCUAUCGUCAAACAUAUUUUGACAGAAGGAGAUAAGAUUGUAUUAUCUUGGUACAGCCCUUUGCAGGACCAAGGAGGGUACGCGGUCGCUGUAAACUAUGGUUCUCUAGUUGCACGAAUAGUUUUCCAACCUCUAGAAGAAAUAUGUAGGGUUUACUUUUCAAGAACCUUGUGCCCACCGGCUGAGGCGAAAUCCACGUCGACUGGGGCACAAUUUGACAGACGCUCACUAGGUCAAGCCUCAGAGAUCUUGCUGUCACUAGUCUCCAUUCAACUAGCUUGUUCCGUCCUUGUCAUUGUAUUUGCCACCAUCUAUCUUCCGGUCUUUCUACACCUAUUGCUCCCAUCACAGUACCUAACAACAUGCGCUCCAAUGGUUCUCGCAGCUUGGAUAUGGUACAUCCCUGCCCUCGCCAUCAAUGGUGUACUUGAAGCUUUCUUCUCGAGCAUCGCAACUUCUCAAGAUCUUCGAAGACAAAGCAGAUGGCUCAUUGGCUUUUCCGUUCUAUUCAUUGUUUCUGUGAUUGGAUUUUACGCCUCGGGCUUUGGUGAUGUCUCUCUGGUUUACGCAAACAUAAUCAACCUGGCAGCCCGGAUAAUCUACGCCGCACGAUACACUUCAGCCUUCUUUGACAGAAAUAAAACUGCUCACAGAUGGCACACCUUGGUGCCAACAUGGCAAUUCCUUCUGGCUGCCGUGUUAUCUUACCUGGCGAUCUCCAUGUCCGAAAUGCAUCAUCAGGCUGCCAUUCUACUUCAAACGAAAGGCCGCAGAGCAAUACUUUCCGUAAUCGUUAUGUCUCAUUUAGCGCAGGGGGCCGGAAUGGGAUUGUGUUGUGUCGCAAUAUGGUGGCUAACGUCUGGCAGAUACCUGGUGAUACGAGCAUCCGUGAAAACUGACUGAUUUACGUGUAUAAUCCAUCGAAUAUUUACUGGUGUCCCCCCACUGUCGAAGCGUAUGGCAUUUUCAUCUCGCAAACUGCA